GGAACAUAUAUCAAUGAUGAGUUACUUAGCGGCACUACCUAGACGAAGCGUUAACGAAGCCCACGUUUCGCAAUGGCCCAGUCAAUCCCCCAGACCGUAAAGCAAUGGAAUGUGACAGGCCAGAAUGGCCCCGAUUCUCUCCAGCUUUCAGAGCAGCCAGUGCCUCAGCUCGGGGAUAGCCAAGUUCUCGUUAAGCUCCACGGCGCCUCGCUCAACUUCCGCGACCUCGUCAUCGCCAAAGGAGCCUACCCCUGGGCCACCAUCCCCAACGUAGUCCCUGGCUCGGACGGCGCGGGCACCGUCCUCGCCGUCGGGCGGCACGUCACGCGCUUCGCGGCGGGGAACAAGGUCGUCACGGCGCUCAACCCGAAGCUCAUCGGCGGCUCCUUCACACCGCCGCUGUCGGCCUUCGGGCUCGGCGCCUCGAUCGACGGCACCUUCCGGACCGCCGGCGCCUUCGACGAGCAAGGGCUGGUGCGCGCGCCCGAAGGGCUGAGCUUCGUCGAGGCGGCGACCCUGGGCUGCGCCGGCGUGACCGCCUGGAACGCGCUGUUCGGCCUGCCGGGGCGCCCGCUGGCCGCCGGCCACUGGCUGCUGACCCUCGGGACCGGCGGCGUGAGCGUCUUCUGCGUGCAGUUCGCGAAGGCGGUGGGCGCGCGCGUCAUCGCCACCACGAGCUCCGCCGAGAAGGCGGAGCUGCUGCGGCGGCUGGGCGCCGACCACGUUAUCAAUUACCGCGAGACGCCUGAGUGGGGCGCCAAGGCGAAGGAGCUAACGGGGGGAGUCGGAGUUGAUUUCGUGGUCGAGGUCGCGGGCCCGGUUACGAUGAGGCAGAGCGUGGAGAGUAUAAAGCUUGACGGUGUUAUGGUUGUUAUGGGGGCUGUUGGGAGCGGUCCUGAGAAUAAGGAGAUGCCGGGCUUGUUGGAGACUUGGAUGAAUCUGUUUACGGCUCGUGGCAUAUGGACGGGUACUCGACUGCAGAUGGAAGAUAUGGGACGCGCCAUUGAGGCUAACUUAGAGAAAUUACGUCCCGUUGUUGAUCCUAAGGUCUUCAAACUGGAAGAGUUGAAGGAGGCAUAUGAAUAUCUGGCUUCGGGUAAGCACCAGGGGAAAGUAUGUAUUCAGAUCCCUUAA